AUGCCCUCUUCGUCGCGUUCGCGUGCGACGCAUGCACGCGUACUUAUCGACCCUGCGCUCAGAGCAAGCCUCGUGCACCUACCAGCGUCAUUGUGCUCAACAUUGAUCGCACGCAAUGUCGUCCCUCAGACGCUGAUAGUCGAGCUUGGAACGGAAGCGCAGACCUACUAUGGUGGCUGGACAGGUAUGAGUCCUAAUGCCUCCGUUCUUAGUGACCCUAAUGCGAGCGACUGUGUCGUUGCAAGUCCUGCGCUUGCUAGUCUCUUUUCACCUGGACUUUCUGACGGCACGCUGCUGUCGAUCCGCCUAUUUCGGUCCCCACCUGUACCGAUCGCACAGGAAGUGCACGUAACACCCGUCAGUCCAGAUGAUUGGGAAAUCCUGAGUGUCCAUGCUGGUGAAGUCGAAGAUAACAUGCUCUCUCAGGUCCGUGCGGCUAAGCAAGGCCAAGUGCUGGCUGUCUCCGUGGGCCGUAGUGCCUCGACGGUGAUCAAGUUCGUGGUAGACCGCACCGUACCGCCCACACGACCUCUUAAUACAGACCACACUGAUGAACAGUUGUCGGCUAGCAUUGCUGUACGCCUGUCCACCGACACUGAGGUGAUUAUUGCGCCAAAGACUCGGUUCGCCCAGGUUCCAGAAGAAGAGCCAACUAACCUCGCCACAUUCCCUUCAAGCGCUGCCCCUUUGACAUCGCAUUCAGCACAAAAUGCCCUUGCUCAUGUCGCAUGGCGCGUUCUUCCAGCCUCCUAUGUCCCUGAUGAUGAGCGCGACCUGUCGUGGGCUGUCGUGGUGCCUGCGGCCUUCGCGCCGCCCGACACGGAUCGGCCUGCAUACGAGCUUGUGGCGCUGGCAUUUAAACAUCAUAAGCUAUGUGUGACAAGAGUCUCCUGUCCUUCGUCUGUCAAGGACGAAGAUGCGCCACAGAAUGCGACAGCCAGUGCUUCGUUUGGGCCCGGUACGAUGCCGGAGGAGGAGGCAGCCUCUCUUCAUAUACAGUGGCCUGAGCGUCAUGUGUGGAUUGGGGCGUCCUUGCGUGACAAGCUUGGCCUCCAGGAUCUCGACCUUGUCACACUCUCAGCUCCGUCUCCUGGCGCUGUGCGCGAGGCCGACAAGCACGAGGAACACAAAGGUGUACACCUCUGUGUAGCCGAGCCCGAUCCACUAGCGGGUAUGGCUGAGCCAUUGAAAAAAUGUCUCGAUACCGUGCGUGUUGUGCGCGCCAUGCGUGAUAUCAAUGUGGCUGAGCAGGGCUGCAUGGAUGCUAUAUCGAGUGGACAGCUGCCACACCCCCCUCGCCGUCCUUUUUCAGGCACGAGUGGCAUCCUUUUGACAGGACCAUCUGGCUCCGGCAAGACAAGUUUGGCUCGCGCAGUUGGAACGCACCUAGCUCACGAUCCAUCACUGCUGUAUCGUCUGCAAAUUGUCGAUUGUGCCCAGUUUGUUGAGGAGCGCAUGCCCCUCGUACGUGCGCGAUGCAAAGAAUGGCUCGACGAGGCUGCUUGGCAUGCACCGACACUUCUGGUGCUGGACAAUCUCGACCUACUUAUGCCUGCUGAUGGUGAGCACGUCGAUACGUGGCGCUCAUGUCACCUCGCUCAUGCUCUUGUGGAGCGCAUCGAAGAAACGGUGCGUGACUAUGACGUGUUUGUGCUAGCCACGGCCCAAAACGCCUCUGAUGUGCAUGCGUAUCUUCAGAAUGCACGUGUGUGGGCACAUACGCUCUCGAUCAAGCCACCAGCCAAGGAGGCUCGUCGGCAAAUCCUGCAUACGCUCGUGCAGCAGGUGGCUUUCCGCGCACAAAGUGCCGUACCUGAGCUUGACUACACGGAUCUGGUGACCCAUACGGAUGGCUACCAUGUGGCGGACCUGAAAAUGCUGACGGAUCGCGCCGUGCACGAAGCUACCAUUCGUUGUGUGCUUGAUGCGCGUGAUAUUAUGCUCGACAUGUGUGACUUUGAUCGUGCGCAGGAGGGGUACACGCCUCUCUCGUUGCGUGAUGUGAAGCUGGAAACAUCCGCCACCGAGUGGGCCGACAUUGGCGGUCUGUUUGCAACGCGUCAAACACUCCGUGAAACGCUCGAAUGGCCGACCAAGUAUGCAGCCAUCUUUGCCAACUGUCCAUUGCGCUUGCGCUCCGGUCUCUUGCUCUACGGCUACCCGGGAUGUGGGAAAACGCUCCUUGCCAGCGCUGUCGCGAAAGAAUGUGGCCUCAACUUUAUCAGCGUCAAGGGCCCUGAAAUCUUGAACAAGUAUAUCGGUGCGAGCGAAAAGUCGGUGCGCGACUUGUUUGAACGUGCCGAAUCGGCCAAGCCAUGCGUUUUGUUCUUUGAUGAGUUUGACUCUAUCGCUCCAAAACGUGGACACGAUAGCACGGGCGUCACAGACCGCGUCGUCAACCAGAUGCUGACGCAGAUGGACGGUGCCGAGGGCCUGGACGGUGUGUAUGUGCUCGCAGCAACAUCGCGGCCUGAUCUCAUCGAUGCUGCGCUGCUUCGUCCUGGACGUCUGGACAAGUCGCUUUUGUGUGAUAUGCCGUCGCGAGAUGACCGAGUCGAUAUUCUGCGGGCGAUUGCGCGAAAGGUGCCACUAGACGCUGACGUCAACCUCGAUGUAUGGGCCCAAAAAACUGAAGGGUACUCGGGAGCUGAUCUGCAGGCGCUCAUGUACAACGCCCAGCUCGAGGCCAUCAACGAAAAUUUGCGAGCGCCGGAGAAAAGAGAAACGACGGAGGCACAGGAUACGAUUAACGUGGCAUACCUCAGCAUCCCCCCCAUCGAUGACAGCACGGCUCAUACCGUCAGCGGUGCGCAGAAACUGGCUCUCGGCAGACGACUAGAACGCAUGGUGCGGAACACCGACAUGGACCUGCCAAGCCGGGGCAAGACAUCCUCCGAAGCACCGCGCAAAACGCUCCUUGUGCAUACCUCACACCUCGACACCUCGUUCCGCUCUACGCGGCCCAGUGUCCCGCCGUCCGAAGUGGCACGCCUCGGCCGCAUCUAUGCUGAAUUUUCUGGCGACAGGAAAGCCAUUUUCCCCGAUGGCACUCCCAGCAACCAGAUCGGUGCUCGCACGAGUCUUAUGUAG